UUGCCAUGGAAUGGUCAGAUAUAUAAAGAUUGGCGCCGGCGCGCCAGCUGAUCAUUAUUCGUUCAUUCAUUUCUGAGGUGGAACUCUUGAAGCCUUCAAUUGACAGAAUGGCUAACGUUAGACGCAGUGGUCGCAUCACAUUACAAGCAAGAGAUGAGAACGCACCGGAACAGAAUGUCAAGAUCACACGAAAAAGACAAUCUGAGCCAUCAAAAAAGAUGCCACCCGCAGUGAAGAAACAAAGCUAUGAAAUACAGAAACGGUGGUCAGAAGAAGGGGCAAGUCCAUGUGUCCUUGUAGAAACGCCACACAAGGAGCUUGUGAUGACCAGAGACCUGUCUGGCUUCAAGCAGUUCCGAUUCAAGAACAUCUUCAUCAAGACCUCACCGCUGCCCUGCCUCAGCUGGGCCAGCUCGGAUGACGUGUGGAUUAAGAUGCUGAACAAGGAGCUGAAGUAUGUCCAUGACAAGGGCUUCCUACAGCAGCACCCCAAACUAAAGCCCAAGAUGAGGGCCAUUCUCCUGGACUGGCUUCUAGAGGUGAGUGAGGUGUACACUCUGCAUCGAGAGACUGCUUAUCUGGCUCAGGACUUCUUUGACCGCUUCAUGCUGACACAGGAUGAUAUGGCGAAGGACCGACUGCAGCUCAUAGGAAUCACAGCCCUCUUCAUCGCGUCAAAGAUAGAGGAAAUCUACCCUCCAAAGCUCCAUGAGUUUGCCUACGUUACUGACGGAGCCUGUGAGGAAGAAGCGAUCCUGGAGAUGGAACUUGUCAUGUUGAAGGCGCUGAACUGGAACCUGUGUCCAGAGACAGUGAUCACAUGGCUGAAGCUCUAUGCUCAGGUGGAGUCCCUAAAGGAUGGUGUCAACUUCCUGGUACCUCAGUUCUCUCAGGACACCUACAUCCAGAUCACACAGCUUUUAGAUCUGGCCAUUCUGGACAUCAACUCUCUGGACUACCAGUAUGGGAUACUGGCUGCUGCUGCCUUCUGCCAUUUUUUCUCAUUUGACGUUAUCCACAAAGUAUCAGGUCUGACGUGGGAUAGUAUUGCUCCCUGUGUCCGGUGGAUGACCCCCUUCAUGCGCACGGUCAGCGCCUGUCCCAGAGCAGAGCUCAAGGACUUUAAGAAAGUGACGUCUGACGACAGACACAACAUCCAGACCCACGUAGACUACCUGUCCAUGCUGAGCGACGCUCACCAGAGGCAACCGGACAGCCAAGACAGACUAUCGCCUGCUGCCAUAGGAGGGAUAUUGACUCCACCAAAAAGCACAGAGAAACCAGCCAAUCACUGAGCCCCAGGGUCUCCUUGUGUUGAUCUUCUGACCAACCAGAUGAAGGGAGAAUUCCCUAGAUGUCAUGCCUGAUCAGCCAGAGGCUGGGAAACUUAACUUCGGAACGUCAUCCUCACGUGACCAAUCAAAAUAGCUUUUGGGCAUAACUCGCCUUUGUGUAGCAUGUUAAAAUGAGUUAUUUUACUUUAUAUACCAAGCUGUAUAUCAGUAUAUAUGCAGUACAACCAUGGAAAUCAGCUCAUGGUUACUAUAUUGACUUAGUCAAAUGAUUGCAACAAAGACCCUGUUCUCGCAGUCUUAAUCCCCAGAAUUAUAAUUUUACAUGGGGAUAAUUUGAGUUGACUCGGGUCUUUCUCCAUAGGAAACAUGUCUGCUGCUCCCCCUCUGUUACUUGAAGCUGAACAUCUCAAGACAUGGGAUGUUUUGAUGGCUAAAAAGCUCAUUAUUUGAGGUGAAUUGGUACAUAAUGCUCACAGUUGAGUUGCUUAACUCAGUCUCUUAACAUUGUGUUAUCAUGUGUAUCUGGUGCUGUGUAGUUUAAAUCUGGGUGCUCCUGGAAAUGCUCAGCCAUACAGUAACACUGAAAGCAGUCUUGAUGUUAGCUCUGGUGACAUUUUAAACAUUUGAGCUGUUUGAAAGGGUAGUGCAGGGCUAACUGUUUACUACACGACCUUCUUAAACACUGUUUUGGAAGUUGUGUAUUCUCACCACACUGUGAACGACUCAUUGCGUAUAUUCUCACCACACUGUGAACGACUCAUUGCAUUCUCCUGCCACAACACAUUCCUGGACAACUUGACUUCAGUAGUUUGAUUUAGACCCUUUGGACUGACUUACAACUGUACGUAAUUUUUACAUUGUAUUUAUUUUUUAAUUUAAGCCUUAAAAUGUUUUUAUGUCCAUAUACAUUCAUAGGGCUAUGAAUUCAGGUCUUUAACAAUGCCAAAGGCAAACGAUUUAAGUCACGGGAUGCAUGUUAUUUAUGACUAUCUGUUAUUGGGUGGGAAAACCCGGUAUAAUGCAGUUACAUAUGAAAUGUUGUAGGUUUGCGCUAGCCUAUCCGUGGUGCCUUAGUUGAACUACUAUGGUGAUAGUGUGAUGUGAAGACUUGAGAACCCAGAGGUUCCAGUGCAGGGCUCCAACCCAGUCAGUCUAGCAAACCUGUGACUGUCAACUGAAACCUUCAGUGUUGUGCAGAUGCCUGCCGAGGCAGCAGUAUACAAAGAACCAUGUUUAAACUGUAAAUGAAAUACUAAUGUAUAUAUGUUAUGUACAUAAACUGAAAGUUAUGUUUUCUAAUGGAAUUGUAUUGAAUAAAUGACAUAGAAAUGUA